AUGGCGCCCGUACUACCUGCGCCGGCGGCGGCGGCGGCUCCUCCCACCUUCUGCCGCGUCUCUCUCCCGGCCCGCAGCGCCUUCCCCUCCUCCCCCGCCAAAAGCCUUCGCAGGUUUGCGGCCAGGAGCAGCGGCGGCGGCGGCCGUCCCGAGCCCAAAGCAGGUGAUGACGAGAGCAAGGCCGUCCUUGACGCCUUCUUCCUCGGGAAGGCCUUGGCGGAGGCGCUGACGGAGAGGGCCGAGUCGGUGGUGGGCGAGGUAUUCAGCGUCGUCGGGCAGUGGCAGGCGGAGCAGCAGAAGCAGGUCCAGGAAUUCCAGGAGGAAGUAGUUCAGAGAGCCCAAAAGGCUAAGGAAAGAGCUGCUGAGGAGGUCGUUGAUGAUAAGGGACCAAAGACUCUAAAGGGACCUUCAACAACAAUCGUGACGCCUGCACCUAUGUCUCCUCCUUCUCCUAAUAUUCCCACACAGGCAGAACAGUUAUAA